ACCCUCAGCCACACGGUUAUUUAGAGCUAUAUGCUCAGAAGAAGUAAUUGAAGAUGAAUUAAGCAUUGUGUAUGAUCACGGUUUGACUCUUGUGAUUUAUUAUUGCAUGAUCAUUGCGUAACGAAGGGGAUUACAAGAUGGAUUGGGAAUGUGUAGCUACCUCGUUGGACCGCUGGAAUUCACGUAACACUCCAAUAGAUAAGGAUCCCACUUCACCUUCCAGUGUUUGCAGAAUAGAAAUCACUCAAUUUGGUGAAUGUUAUAUUUGCAAACUGUGCAACGUGAGUUGUACCAGCAAGAUAGCCUUUACUCAACAUGAAAUGGGAGCAAAUCACACAAGAAGAGUCGUUCUGAAUGCGCUUUUCUGUCAGGAAUGGAAUGAAAACUCCAAUACCACUGAGCAAAAUGCAUCUUACUGCAGUGAAACGUUUUACGAAAGUCAAACAUCUGGACAGAUCCGUAUAGAGCAACAAUCCACUGGGAACACAGAUGAAACCUACUUCUGUGAACCGUGUGGUCUUAGCUGCAAUUCUAAGAAACAACUUGACUGUCAUUUACAGGGCAAAAAACACUUCAAACAACUCAGGCAGUCAAUUCUAAAUUGAGUUCACAGUUAAACCAGUGUAAUGAAUCUGUAUUGACUUAUUUUAUUCAAUAUCCAAUAUCAUCUUUACGAG